UAAAUAUUCCUAAAAUGGCGGAAUCCGUGAGUAAAGAAGAGUAUUUAAAACGUUAUUUAGCUGGUGGGCCUGAUGAUAAGAAAAAAAAAAGGAGAAAGAAAGUUGGGGUGAAAGAAGCGACAAUGAAAAUUGUGGAUAAUACUCUUUCAGUGGAUAAAUUUGUUGGCAGAGAGGAUGAACAUGAAGACGAAGUAGUUGCGUUAGAAGAAACUCCUCAAAUUGUUGCUGUAAUAGAUGAUCGUCCGGAAGACGUCAAGCUUGAAGAAAGAAUAAAGAGUGGAAAAUGGCGUCGAUUAACUGAUCAGGCUACUAAUAGUUUUGUGAAAGUUGAACCAAAUCAAAGCCCAAAAAUUAAAGAAGAACCAAGAUCCCCAUCCAAUCAAUUAUCUUCAGAUAACACCAGCUCAAAUAUAAGAAUAAAGGAAGAACCAGUAACCCCUCCCAGACACACAGAAACUAGUUUAGGACAACGCAGAAGAUCACAAAGUAAUGAUUCCAGCAAGAGAGUCAAGCGCACACGACGUGACAGUGACUCCGAUCAGUCUCUUCCAAGACGAAGAUAUGAUUCUGAUAGUGAUAAUUCACCUCGAGCAGCUCGAAAGAGGUAUGAUAGUGAUAGUGAUAACGAUCAGUCUCCUCCAAGAAGAGGUAACAAUAAAGAUUUAUCACCUGUCCGCUCUGGACGAAAAAGGCACGACAGUGAUCAGUCUCCUCCACGACGAGGAAGAAACGAAGACUCAUCGCAUACCCGUUCUGAACGAAACAGAUAUGACAGCGAUAGUGAUCAAUCCCCUGCUCGUAGGCGCAAAAGAAAUAAUGAAGAUGACAUAUCGCCUCCUCGUUCAAAGAGGAAAAGAGAUGUGAAUGAGGACAGUGAUAAUUCUCCACCCCGAAGAAGAAAUCAACAAACUAAAAUGACAAAGACAUUAGCAGGCACAAAAGCUGGUUUAUCAUCUGCAAAGGAUGUACGAAUGGAAUUGGAUGAUCUUCGAAAGCGAGAAACUGCAGCAUUCAAUGUUGCUGAUGAAAAUAUUUUAGGAAAAAAUGCAAAAACAGUAUUCAGGGAUAAAGAGGGAAAGAAACGAAAUUUAGCAAAAGAAAAUGAAAAAGACGACGCUAAGAAGAAGUUAGAAGAAGAAUUAAAGAAGAAAUAUUCUUUAUGGAAUAAGGGAUUAGUGCAACAACAAAGACAUGAUAACAACAUUAAAGAUGCCAUUCAUGAAUCGAAAAAAGAAUUUGCAAGACAUAAGAAUGAUGCAGAUUUAGAAGAAUACCUUAAAUCACAAGACAGAGAGGGUGACCCAAUGUUAAAGUUUAUAAAAAAGAAGAAAGAAAAAACACGUAUAAAGAACAAAGAACCUGUUCGUCCAAAGUAUAAUGGUCCCCCACCUCCAAUAAAUCGUUUCGGCAUACAACCUGGGUACAGAUGGGAUGGUCUUGAUAGAUCUAAUGGAUUUGAAAAUGAAUUAUUCAAUAAAGCAAAUGCCAGGGAAGCCAACGAAGAGAUAGGAUAUAGAUGGGCAACUGAAGAUAUGUAA